AUGUCACUCUCCCCCUCACCCCCGACCCCCCCGCGCCCGCCACGCCGCCAGUUCCUGUUCAAGCGCGCCAACCUCAGCGCCCCCGACAGCACCAGCGGCAUCCCCGGCACCGACACCGCCGUCCCCGACUUCUUCAGCCGGCGCGAGCAGAACUACAUAGCCCCCGAGGCCGUGGCCAAGAAGGUGAAGCCGAAGCGGCCAAAGAAGAAAGCCGCGGCAGACGGGUCUCCGCCGAAACGGGCGCGCGGGGACGACUCGGCGGAGGAGCGCGGUGCGGCGCAUGACAGGCGUGGGGGCGCGAAGCAGAAAUGCGAUGCGAUUAUGCUUUCGGACUCUGAGGACGACGGCGGCAACAAUGCGGCUAGGAAGCACCGUACAAAGAUGAAACCCAAACAGCGGAAGCGCGAAGUCAGCCUGACACCCCCGCCAGUCCUCUACAACGACCUCCCCCUAUCCUAUACUUCCUCAGCACCCACCCAGCGCCCCAUAACAACCACUACCACAGCCUCAACACAACCAAUCAGUCUUGACUCCGACCCCGAGGACCCCGCCCCCAUCUCCGCGGAAGACGCCCUCUUCGCCACGCUCGAAAAGCGCGCUCGCGAAAAAGCCGCCGCCGCCGCUGUCCCCACCACCACCUCCCCGCUCUCCCCGCCACCUCCCGAUCCCGUCAUCUCCGUUCUCAUCACCUCCCACAUCGAGGGUACACAACCACUCGUGCUGCGCAUCCGCGCAAAUCAGACGCUCAAGGCCGCGCGCACGACGUGGUGCCAGCGGCAGGGCUUCACGGCCGACCAGGCCGCAGACAUCUUCCUCACGUGGAAGGGGAAUAAGGUGUUUGACCACAACUCAUGCCGCGGCGUGGGCAUUCGGCCGGUGGGCGGCGAGGAGAAUGUGCAUUUGGAGGCGGUGACGGCGGAGGGGUAUGCGGCGAUGGAGAGGGAGCGGGAGAGGAAGUAUGCGCUGGCGGGCGGGGAGGUGGAGGAGGAGGAGGUAGAGGAGGAGGUGGUGGAGAAGGAGGAAGUGGUCAUGAGGUUGACGUUGAGGAGGAAGGGGGCGGAGGACUUUAAGAUUAAAGUUAGGCCGGAAACAAAAAUAUCGAAACUUAUCGCGGCGUACCGCAUCUCGAAUAAGGUCCCAGAGGAGAAAGAGAUACGUCUAGACUUUGACGGCGACAACCUAGACCCCGAAGAGACGGUGGGCGAUACCGAGUUGGAGGAUCUCUUUGGGAUCGAUGUUUAUGUUAGUUAG